UUGGAGACACUGGUAAAGAAAGGGAGGGAGACCAAGAAAUACUUGUAGAGCCAGCAGGGAGCUGAGUAGCUCCUUUACCGGUGCUGGAGAAGCUCACCUCUGCAGAUGUAAAAGUGCCUCCAUUUCAGUCCUCCGCCUCGCUGUCUCUCAACGCCUUCCUCCGCUCUGUCCAGAUCCCACCAACUCCAGCUGCUCUGCAGAGUCUGUCCCCACGACGGGACGGGAGAGAGCUUUCUUCUGCUCACUCACCCCAGGAUGAAACAGCCCUGUGGCCAACUUCAGAUCUGAAGCCCCAGAAUGACGGAACCCGAGCUAAUGGCCCUGCUGGAAAUGAAGGAGCCGGAGGCCAAAAACAAGAGCCCACCGCAGGCCCUGGUUCCCAAUGGCCGGCAGCCAGAGGGAGAAGGCGGGACUGAGUCCCCUGGAGCUGAGUCUGUCACAGUGGAGUCUUCCAUUGGGUCCCCCACAGCCAGAGAGGGGCCUGAGGAUGGUCCAGACAGCACCGUCAGCGAGGCUGCCACUUUACCCUGGGGAACUGACCCCCAACCCACUGCCCCAUUCCCGGAUCCCCCCGGCUGGCGGGACAUUGAACCAGAGCCCCUUGAGUCGGAACUGCCCACCGAGUCAAAGGAACCACUUAAGGAUGACACCAGCCUGCUCCCUGAGAAGGCAGCCAGGGCCUUCGUGCCCAUCGAUUUACGGUGCAUUGACCGGCAGGCCCAGGAGGAUCUCAUCGUACGCUGUGAGGCCAGCCAGGGCGGGCGCCGUGCUUUCCUGCCCACCAGGGUCAGCCACCCCGAGCCCCCCGAGUGUAAGUGGGCUGAGGCAAUUGUGAGACCACCUGGACGGUCCUGUGGGGACUGUGGGAGCUGUGCAGGCCGUGAGGCACUGAGGGCUGUGGCCUCGGUGGCAGCUGCUCUCCUCCUCUUCCCCUGCCUGCUGUAUGGAGCAUAUGCCUUCCUGCCCUUCGAUGCCCCGCGGCUGCCCACCAUGAGCUCCCGCCUGGUCUACACACUGCGCUGUGGGGUCUUUGCUACCUUCCCCAUUGUGCUGGGGCUCCUGGUGUACGGUCUGAGCCUGCUGUGCUUUUCUGCCCUUCGGCCCUUUGGAGAGCCGAGGCGUGAGGUGGAGAUCCACCGGCAGUUCGUGGCCCAGUCCGUGCAGCUGUUCAUCCUCUACUUCUUCAACCUGGCCGUGCUGUCCACCUAUCUGCCCCAGGACACGCUGAAGCUGCUCCCACUGCUCACCGGUCUAUUCGCCAUCUCCCGGCUGAUAUACUGGUUGACCUUCGCCAUUGGCCGUUCUUUCCGAGGCUUUGGCUACGGCCUGACCUUCCUGCCGCUGCUGGCCAUGCUGCUGUGGAACCUCUACUACAUGUUCGUGGUGGAGCCCGAGCGCAUGCUCACUGCCUCCGAGAGCCGCCUGGACUACCCCGACCAUGUGCGACCCGCCUCCGACCACAGGCCCCGCCCCUGGGGCUGAGCCGCCGCGGGCCUGCGGUGGGCUUGCAGCAGGUCUCAUGCAGUAGGGCCCGGACUUGAUGUCUGCUCUCCUCUAACCUCCGUGGUCCUACACCCUUGCAGCCUGGGAUGGGCAUAAGGGAAGGACUUAUUGUAGGGACAGAGACAGCUAUGUCCCUUAGGGAUGCCAAGGACAGGGGCCAAGACCAGCACCACCUGGCUUCUUCCUGUGCAGCCUCCCAUCACUGUCCCAAGAUCACAUUGCAGGAUGACUGCCGCUGACCUCUCGUCUAAGCAGGGGAGACUGGAAAAGCUGCCCAUGCUCAAGGACACAGGCUGGUGUCUCAUUAGUCACGACGUUCACACUUGGUUUGAGAGACUUCCUAGGAGCCCUGGGCUCAGGACCAUCUUCCACUGGCUCAAAGGCCCUGUAGCCUCAGUCUGGAAUAUUAUAGGGUCUGCUUCCCCUCUGCCAACCAAGGCCCUUGUUCCUAUCUAGGCUCUUUCCACCUGCACACGUCCCCAAAGUCACACUGUACCAUGGGAGAGGUGAAGAGCAGACAGACAGGGAGAUGGAACUUCCAAGAGGGCAAGUGAGCCCAUGUGCACGGGGUGUACCAACAUGUGGUGGCUGGGAGGAGCUGGAAGGCACGGUGUAUCUAUAUGUGCACACAGAAUAAUAAAUUACUGCCGGUC